CCAUUCACUCAUCCAUCCACCUCUAAACAUUUGUUUAGCUUUUAUACAUCUCGAGAAAAAAAACAAACAACACAAACCAAUCCUUUUUAAUACCCUAACACUCAGUCUAGUAAAGAAAAAUCAACAAAACUUAAAGAUGUCAGGAGUGUGGGUGUUCAAGAACAAUGGUGUGAUUCGUUUGGUGGAGAACCCUCAGGCCGACCAGGGUGGAAGUGAUCAGGCAAGACCAAGGAGGAAGGUGCUCGUACAUCUUCCUACCGGAAGAGUGAUUUCAUCGUACCAAACCCUUGAACCAAUUCUUAAAGAUCUAGGGUGGGAGCAUUACUUUGGAGGUGAUCCUGAUCUCUAUCAAUUCCAUAAGAGAUCUUCUAUCGAUUUGAUAUCACUUCCUAGGGAGUUCUCCAAGUUUAGCUCGGUCUACAUGUACGACAUUGUUGUUAAGAACCCUAAUAUCUUCCAGGUUCGCGACAUGUAGAUCCUAUAUAUCUACAUGGACUACCAUCAAUCAAAGCUACCUACUUAUCAUCUCUACACAAUUAGUUAGGGUUUGUGCUUGCAUGUAAGUAUACAUAAGCAUUGCUUGUUUGAUUUUGCGCAUUUUUUUGUGUCCCUUUUAAGGAGUGUUUAAGGUUAUCUUCAUGAGUGAUAAAGUAUUUUUCAUGUUUGCAAAAUUUUCAUUUCAUCCAAUGAAGCUAGAAAUUGAUGUGUACUAUGGAGGUACACUUAACUAUAUAUAUCAUCACCUUAUUUAUGUAUUUCUCGGUUAUUCAAUAUAUAUCGAUCUAAUUUCAAAGUAAGAUCACAUUACAUUCAAUCUUCUCGGAUGUAA